CUGCCUCUACACUCUUCCACCACUCCACGUCACCCUCCUCCAUUCCGCGUGCGCCCAAUCUCAACUCCCAACGAACCAGAGGCGAUGGCGACGCCGCCCACCGCCGCCGCGGCGGUCCUCGCCGCCGCCGCCGUGCUCUUCCUCCUCGCGUCGGCGGCGAUCCCGCUCGCCCGCUCCGACGCCGACGGCGUCACCGCGUACGACGAGCUCCGGGUCCGCGGGUUCCCGCGGGGCCUGCUGCCGGCCAACGUGCGCGGGUACACCCUCGACGCCGGCUCGGGGGACUUCGCCGUCGACCUCGUCUCCAGCUGCCGGAUCGUGCUCCCCGCGGGGAGCUACCUCGCCUCCUUCAGCGACCGCCUCACGGGCCGCCUCGACGACCGCCGUAUCUCCGGCCUCAGCGGCAUCCGCGUCAGGGCCUUCUUCCGGUGGUGGUCCAUCACCGGGAUCCGCGCCGACGGCGACGACCUCGUCUUCGAGGUCGGCUCCGUCUCCGCCAAGUUCCCCUCCCGCCACUUCAACGCUAGCCUCGAGUGCCCCGCCAAGGCCGACUCUUAGUACAAGGUGCUGGCGUUGUACUCCUUAAUAUGGCAUCAUGAAGCGGCUUAGGCGUCAGGUUUUCAGCGUUCUCUGUUUCGUCGUAUUUGUCUGUAACUAUUCGUGUAUAAGGCUGAAAUGCUGAAUUGUUAAGCUGGCCGCCCCACGCAAACAAAUUGGAACAAUGCUUGUAGCUUUUGUAAUACUAUGUUGAUACCCACCUUAUCUAUCGCCGUUGCAGUCUGGAAGUAAAGUGUAAAAGACUCUGAUGCAUAGUAUUACCUUUCCAAAAUAUAAAUAUUUCUACGUAUAUCUUAACAUGAA